GCCAGUGCUGAGUGUGAGCGACUCCACAGUGUGAGUGUGUGGUGGCAGCAACAGCGGCGAGGGAGGAAGGAAGGAAGACGGACAGGAGCGGAGGGACUAAGGGAGGAAGAGACAGAGAAAUGAGAGCAAGCUCCGGCGCUUCCGACUCCAGGCAGUCCCCGGGCACCUCCGCUGUGUGAGCCGCAUUGCACUGAACGGAUCCCCGCUUGUGGCUUGCAGUAGAAUCGGCGGCGGCAGCACUAGCAGCAUGAGCGCGGAGGGAUACCAGUACCGGGCCUUGUUCCCGUACAAAAAGGAGAGGGAAGAGGACAUGGAGCUGCGGGUGGGGGACAUCCUCACUGUCAACCGGGGCUCCCUGCUGGCCCUGGGCUGCGGGGAGGGCAACGAGGCCCGGCCCGACCAGAUCGGCUGGCUGAACGGCUACAACGAGAACACGGGCGAGAGGGGCGACUUCCCGGGCACCUACGUGGAGUUUAUGGGGCGGAAGAAGAUCAACCCCCCGACGCCUAAACCCCGACCACCCCGACCCUUACCCGUGGCCCCCGGGGCUUCCCGAGGAGAGGCAGGGGCAGAAGCGCAGGCUUUCAUGCUUCCUGAUCUGGCUGACCAGUUCUCGCCACCAGAAACCGCCCCACAAGUCCUCAUCAAGCUGUUGGAGACCAUUGACCGAAAAGGGUCGGAAUCCACCACAUUAUACCGGACCCCAAGUGGCGCCAGUGUGGCUGAGCUCCGCCAGAUCAUCGAUUGCGAUACUACAGCGGGUGACUAUGAACAUUUUGACUUAGCAACCCUGAGUGAUGCUGUGAAAAGAUACUUAUUGGAUCUCCCUAACCCCGUCAUUCCAGCCACCACCUACAAUGAAAUGCUCUCUGCGGUCAGAGAAUCCCUGAACUCCGAUGACUACGCUCAGCUGCUGCGGAAGAUCAUCCAGACUGCCAACGUGCCCCAGCAGUACUGGCUCACCCUACAGUAUAUGCUCAAGCAUUUCUUUCAACUUUGUCAAAGUUCCAGCAAGAACUCUCUAAGUGCAAAGAUCCUGGCAGAAAUCUUCAGCCCGCUUCUCUUCCGAAUCCAGCAGGGAAGCUCUGACAGCCCAGAGUACAGCACCCAGAUUCUGGAAGUUCUUAUCGCCAGCGAAUGGAAUGAACAGCAAGCAGCGCCAGCACUGCCUCCAAAACCUCCUAAAUCCACCACUGCUGUAACAAACAACGGUACUAACCACAGUAUGGCUCUGCAAGAUGCUGAAUGGUACUGGGGCGAUAUCUCAAGGGAGGAAGUGAAUGAGAAACUUCGAGAUACCACUGAUGGGACCUACUUGGUACGAGAUGCAUCUACAAAAAUGCAUGGGGACUACACACUUACACUAAGGAAAGGGGGAAAUAACAAACUCAUUAAAAUAUUUCAUCGAGAUGGAAAAUAUGGUUUCUCCGACCCACUGACGUUCAACUCAGUGGUCGAACUUAUCAUCCACUACCGGAACGAGUCUUUGGCCCAGUACAAUCCAAAACUAGACGUUAAGCUCUUGUAUCCAGUAUCCAGAUUCCAACAGGAUCAAGUAGUGAAAGAAGACAGUAUUGAGGCUGUCGGAAAGAAAUUGCACGAAUAUAACCUGCAGUUCCAAGAAAAGAACCAGGAGUAUGAUCGGCUCUAUGAAGACUAUACAAGGACUUCUCAGGAAAUCCAAAUGAAAAGAACAGCCAUCGAAGCAUUCAAUGAAACCAUUAAAAUAUUUGAAGAACAGUGUACGACCCAGGAGAAGUACAGCAAGGAGUAUAUCGAGAAGUUCAAACGGGAAGGGAACGAUAAGGAAAUUCAGAGAAUUCAGCACAACUUCGAAAAGUUAAAGUUUCGAAUCAACGAAAUAGUAGACAGUAAACGAAGGCUGGAAGAAGACCUCAAGAAGCAGGCUGCUGAAUACCGGGAGAUUGACAAACGUAUGAAUAGUAUUAAACCAGACUUGAUACAGCUGAGGAAGACCAGAGAUCAGUACUUACUGUGGUUAACGCAGAAGGGAGUGAGGCAGAAGAAGUUGAACGAGUGGCUGGGCACGGAGAACACAGAAGAUCAAUACUCUACAGUGGAAGAUGAGGAUUUACCUCACCACGACGAAAGGACGUGGAAUGUCGGGAAUAUUAACAGAAAUCAAGCUGAGAGCCUGUUACGUGGAAAGCGUGAUGGAACAUUCCUUGUACGGGAGAGCAGCAAGCAAGGGUGCUACGCCUGCUCUGUAGUAGCGGAUGGGGAGGUCAAACACUGCGUCAUCAACAAAACCCUUACGGGCUAUGGAUUUGCAGAGCCAUACAACUUAUAUAACUCUCUAAAAGAACUGGUGCUACAUUACCAACACACGUCACUUGUACAGCACAAUGACUCUCUCAACGUCACACUAGCGUACCCAGUAUAUGCACAGCAGAGGCGAUGAGCACCUGACAAACUCUGGAGUCUAUUCCCGCGUCGACGAAAGUUGAUGCCAGUUUCGGCAUAAAACAAGGAAAAAUAAAAUCCUAAAGCUCCCUCGUCCGCCUACUUCACAAGAUUGAGCUGCAGUAUCAAAGCUACCUUCCGAUGAGAUAAGAGCUUUCUUUCGCCAUGGAAGCAGGAGAUGGGCGUUAAGCUGUGAAUGUAUGUUUCUAAGCUAUUGUGCUUGCUUUGUAAGAUCGAGAAGCACAGCAAAACAGAAAGAUAUGCUAUUAUAAGCCUAUCUCCCGGCCCGCAGGUACCUCGAGGCCUUCACCAUGGUGCUUGUUUACGUUCUAUUGAAGCUUUACCAGCUUGAAUGUUGGUCACCGCAGAUCCAAGAAGCCAAGGUGUCUUUUUGCUAGAACCGUACUUUAUUUUUUAUUUUUUUUUCGUAAGGGGAAAAUACCGUUCCAUAACAGCCUUUCAAGGACCAGUGACAUAUUGCUAAGUGGAUUUACCCACACAGCCUUGUGGAUUGUUUAAUUUUCCCCAAAAAGAAAUACAAAUGUAGCAGAACUGCACUUUGGGAGAAAAGUUUAAAAAUAAUGGAACGUUGAUGAAUUUGCUUCGACCCAAGCAAAGUGCCAGGAAGUGUUUUUAUUAAGACUUAUGAAAAGAAAUGAAUUCUGUUAACAAAAGAACCUAUUUAAUAUGGACAAUGACAGGAUGGAAACUGAUACAGUAUAUAUAUAUAAAUAUAUAAAUAUAAAUGUACAUAGCAAUGGGGACAAGCUAUGGAAAAGAAAACUAUCAAUACCAAACUGUCUUUUUAUUUUGCUGACUGCUAAAUCCUUAAUGCUAUGCAACAUCCAUUUUCUUUAAGCUGUUGUUUUUUUUGUUUUUUUCCUUUUUAUACGUACCGACGACAUACCUUUCUGUCCAUGAAAUGUUACUUUUUUUGUUUGUUCGUUUGUUUUUUUUAAGUUUUUUAUUUUAUUUUUUGUUUAAGGAAACGUGUAGAGCGUUUUUUUUGUCUGGGUAGGAGUUGUAUGGUAAUAGCUGAGGUGAUGAGUAUCACGGGAAAUUUAAACAAGAGCUAUUUUACCAUAAAACCUUGUAUAGAGUAACCUUGGCUUUUAUGCCCAAGAUUAAAGAAGAAAGAAAAUAAUAAUUCAGAAUUCAUUACAGAUAUUUGAUUAAAAUGCAUUGUUGGGCGGUGCCUAAUGAGCUUCAAAGCUGCUUUUUUAAGAAAAAGUUAAAGAAAAAAGAAAAUAAACCUUUAAACAUAUAUAAAUAUAUAAACAUAAUAAAUCAGAGUUUGACAGUGUUUUAUUAUGGUUUGUUUCUAAUUAUGGUACUUGGCAAUGUGCUUUGGGGCAUUCUUGUCCUCUGUCCUUACUACUUGUGACUUGGGUAGAAAGCCUGCACAAAAAACUUUCUGCCCUCCUGCUCAAUAUGAACGUGACAAAUCCCCAUCAUUUCAAUUGUGUAGCAUGGUAACCCUGCCGUAAAGGAACUUUGUCGCAUUUGUUUUUAGGAGAUUUUUUUUUUUUUUUUAAAGGAAUUAUGGUCUGAAUCAGGCUUUUGGGAGGAAGGGCAAACAUUGCAUUAUAAAAACAAAAAAAAAUUAUAGUAUCUAAAUUUCUGCCCUCCAAAACUCUUAUUGGAAAACAUUGCAGAUGAGCAAGGAAUACUGUGGGAUACAAACAUCAUUGAUGUACUUUUAAAAAAUAAAUAUAACUUUCUUGGCACUUUCUCCACUGCUCCUUUACAGGCCUAUUGUUUAAGUGUAUUCUGACUUAUGGCUGUGGCCAGCAGUGACACGUACCGCUUGAGUUUUGUAUUCUAUAGUAUUUGCAGUCGCCUGCCUUGUAGUAUUUACUGACAUUAUCCAGUCGCCCUUGUGAUUAUCAAGCAUUAGUCUCUGUACAUUGCUUUACCUUUUUUAGACCAGUAUGGAUUGUGCUUGGUAUUCUUCAUCCAAGUUUGUUGACUUGUCAGCCGACUCCAGCUUCAGAAUACUUUUGGGUGAAGUCCCAAAGGCUUGUGAGAUGAGCUUCAUUUUUUACUACAGUACAUGUGUUCUGAAAAACCAAACUAUAUGUUAAUAACGGCGGGGCUCUGCAUUUUUCCAGACCCCAUUUUAGUUUUUAGCAAACUUUUGUUGGUUUAUAUACAUUCUAAGUCAAUGUUAUAUCAUCCUUUUAAAACCAUCGCUAUCUAAAUUUUAUUCUGUAGACUUUCUGGAAAUCAUGCGACCCAGUAAAUCGUGCAAGUUGUUCUAUGGCUAUGAAUUAUUUGGUACUUGGCUUAUGCACCAUCUGAUAAGUUAUAAGUAAUAAAUUUAGUUUUUUUUUUCCUUUUAAGACUCCGGGAAAAGUAUAUUUGACUUGAAUCCCGAUUUAAGCCAUACUUUGUUUUCCCCCCUUAAACUUGGUUGUAGUUUUUAGUCUUUCAUGUAAUAGGUGAAUGGAAAUGGUUUAAGAUAGAAUAAAAUAAGUUUCUGAAUUACACAUGCACUAUUCAUCAGAUUCAAGGUACACCAUGCAUUCACCAUGAAGCACAAUGGAUACAAGUUUUAACAAGGCAAAUGUAAAUGAAAUUGCAUAUUGUGUUUUGGUAAAAGUAAGAGGGAUCGGGCUUGACUAUUCGGGGGCUGUCUAGGUUUAGAAAAUGUCUGCUUUUGUUACCCCCCUGAAACCACACCAAACCACUCCUAUCCAUUCAGGUACUCAGCUCCUCCCUGUCCAAUUGCAUGGGGCAGAGCUGUAAUACCAGCCAUGGGCAGGAGUGGGGUUGUUCUUGGAGAAAAAUCAGAUUUUUAGUUUUUGUUAAUAUUUUCUAAUCCUGGGCCCACCCCUUUUAUGACAGCUUGAUUAUUCUUGGUCUUCAAGAUCAGUAAAUCUACAAAACAAGUUGAUGCAAUAGGAAAAUGGGGCUUCUUUCAUUGUUUUGCUUAAGUGUGAGGAACACAUUUUGUAAAUAUCCGCCCUUUUUGAUCUAAAAUGCCAACGUGCUGUUGAACUGUCCUAUUGAUGCAUUAAGCCUAGAACAGGUUUUGUAGAAGGCGACUUGUGUUAUUGCUUUGGUGGUCUUCUUUAUCCAGACGGCCUUCAGCACUAGCGCUAAACUGUGUUUCAUAGGGUGCUCAGCUCAAAGGUGCUGACCACAUAUAAAGCAAAUAAUGGAGUGCCAAAGCCUACCUGUCCUCUACUGUGAAUAGUCAUUUCAAGCCAAUUUAUCGAAAACGCAAGUCUAUGUUGGGGGGACAGCGUCAACUGUGUUAGAACUCAAGAUAUCUGGGUGAACUCCGAACAAGAACCAUUGUGAUCUCUCUAACUAGCCAUAUGUUUUCCAAGUGGCUAGCCUCAUGGAAUAUUCCUAUUUUUUUGGAACUUGAUACCUCAGAUAUCUUCAGUUUUGGCAAGUGACAAAAAAACCUUUUACAUCUUAAGUCUAUACUUGUGAAAUCAGUAGAUGCUCCUUGAUGUAACGGCACUUAUCUUCUAGGGUUUAGUUUACAUUGAGCUAGAAUUGUUGACCUCUCCUUUCCUGUCUCGACAGUCUUGCUGCCCGUAAUAUAUAGGCUUUUUUGGUCAUGCAUGGGUUGUCUAUUUUUCAGACAGACCUCUCUUUACGUGGUGUUCAGCAUCUCUUUGGCAAUGGGGGGCAGCACUGCGCUCAUUUGCCUGGCAGAGGCCAAACAUGCCAAAUUUUAUAUCCAUUAAUAACAGCUUAAUGCGUCAAUAUUUCUGACUCGCUGUGUCAACAACUUCAUAUUAUUUGUCACCGUAUGACUGCAUUAGCUGCCCAAUGUGCUGCUAUUUUUUUUAUUCCUAUUUCAAACAGAAAAAUUUAUGUUUCAAUGUUUAUACAACAUAAAAAUAAAAUAAUAAUGACUUUGUUAAACAUCAAUAAUUUUUUUGGUCUUUUUGUUUGGGAGGAAAAGGAUGGUUAGUAGUUAUUUGCCUUUAAAAGGUAAUUAAUAAAAGUUGUGCCUCUGAAACUUUGAGCUAUAGCUUUGAUAAAGCUCCGUGUCUCGUUUUAAGUUGCUUUAAAACAUUGUAUUAGACCUUCAAACAAAAUAAAGAUUGUUUUGAAAAGUAA